ACCAAAUGACCAUUUACUUUAUAGCAACCGGUCACAAAUUCAUUUCACCUUGGAGUCGCAUGAGGAUGCACUGCAUGAUGCAGAAAUAGCAUGUAAGCUCCGCCCAAUGGGCUUUAAGGCACACUUCAGAAAGGCGCAAGCCUUGGCCACCCUAGGCAAGGUGGAGGAAGCACUAAGAGAGUUUCUAUACUGCGUUUCACUGGAUGGAAAGAGCAGGAGAGCAAGAUCUGAAGCCCAAAGGCUUCUCCUUAGUUUCUUUUCACCAUCAGUCCCGGGGCAGUCUCAGGAACAUUCUCCCGAUAUCCUGAAGCUGCUGGCACCUCAGCUUAGAUUAAAGGAACAAGUAGAGUCAUUGGCUACUGAAGGCGACAGCCAUAAUCUACCAAAGUUGUCACAGGAAAACGAGGAACUCCCCCAUUGUUCUAGACAGGAGGAAGGAGCAGCCAGUGGGGACUGCAACAUCCAGAUGAAUCCUGCGGAAGUAAAGGGGCAUGGGCAGCAAGACACCAUGAAAGACCAGGAAGAAGAGGAGGAGAAGGAUUACCCUGCCUCUUCAGAAGCUGCCUCCAGCCAGACUGGCAAAAGCCAGGAAAAGAAAAGGAAACAUUUUCAAGUUGAAUCCAAAGACCCAGACGUUCCUACUAAAGUCUGUAAGCCAGAAUCUCCUGCUGAUUUGGGGGACUUGCCUGCUGUCAGUAUUCCACUCCCAUCUUUUGACGCAACCGACCUUGAAUGUGCCCUAUGUAUGAGAUUAUUCUAUGAGCCAGUCACAACACCGUGUGGACACACAUUUUGUUUGAAAUGUCUUGAGAGAUGCCUAGACCACAAUGCGAAAUGUCCACUGUGCAAAGAUGGUCUUUCACAGUGCUUGGCAUCAAGAAAGUACAGCAAAAAUGUUAUAAUGGAAGAGCUAAUAGCCAAAUUCCUUCCAGAAGAACUCAGUGAACGAAAGAGGCUUUAUGAAGAAGAAAUGGAAGAACUUUCUAACUUAAAUAAGAAUGUGCCUAUUUUCGUGUGUACUAUGGCCUAUCCCACCGUUCCUUGUCCCCUACAUAUAUUUGAGCCUUGCUACCGUCUGAUGAUUCGUAGAUGCAUUGAGACAGGCACAAGACAGUUCGGCAUGUGCCUUGGAGAUCCCGUCAAGGGGUUUGCAGAAUACGGCUGCAUUCUAGAGAUCAGAAAUGUUCAGUUCUUUGCCGAUGGCCGCUCAGUGAUUGACAGCGUAGGCAAGAGGCGCUUCAGGGUCCUUCGUCAGGGCCAGCGGGAUGGCUACAACACAGCCGAUAUUGAAUACAUUGAAGACCAAAAGGUUCUAGGAGAGGAUUGUGCUGAACUCAUGGGAUUACAUAACUGUGUCUAUGAACAAGCAUCAUCAUGGUUUCAUUCGCUCAAAAAUUCUCUUAGGAAUCGGAUAAUCAAUCACUUUGGUCCAAUGCCAGACAAAGAUGCGGAUCCUCAGAUUAAUCCAAAUGGUCCAGCCUGGUGCUGGUGGAUAUUGGCAGUUCUGCCGCUCGAAAGCCGUGCUCAGCUUCCGUUCCUAGCAAUGAGGUCCUUGAAGGAUAGACUGAAUGGUAUUCGGCGCAUUCUCGCCUUUAUAGCACGAAACCAAAACUAGUGAGAGUGAAAUGAUGAAAAGGAAAUUUCACCCUCUCUACUGCCUAGGGGAGUCAUCUUGUAAAUAUAUCAAAUUGCAAUAACAUCUUAACUGAAGGAAGUAUCAAAUAGAGGCACUACCUUGCUGUUGAUUAUAGAGAGAAAUUCAGUUGAAAGACCAAAGAAUGUGACCUGUUAGAAACUUCCUGUGUUGAGAUACUACUUGACAUGCUGCACAACUAUAGCCACAGCAGAGGUGUUCAAGAGCCCAGAAAAAAAUUGCUUUUGACAUAAAAUUUUCUGAAAGUUUAAAGUGGUUUUGCUUUAAUUCUCUUUCUUUCAUCAGUGAAUGACUGUGUGAUUGAAAUGUGAAGCAAAGAUAGUAAUAAUCUUGCUGCAUUAUUUCACUGACUUGAGGUCCUAUUCCAAAUAGUUCAGGUUUUAUAAAGCAUUGUAUAAAAUAAUAUUUAUACUCCUUUCUGUUUUAAUAAUUUAUUUUUUGCACUACUGUAUCCUUUUUUUCUACAUGUAUGUUUGUAACUAUUUAAGUGUGCAUUACUGAAUUCACUUGCUUUAUUUAUUGAUGUAGUUAA